UUGUUUGUACAGAAUGAAGGGCUGCAGGUAUCCAGGACCUGUAUUGACAAAUAUUCUGACAAACCCCUCUGGGUAGUGAUUACCGCCACUUUGGUUAAUGUAUCUGAAAAUCCUGGUUUGAUAACUUGGCUGAUGGCUUCGGACAUGAUAUCAAUGUUUAAGAAGCUGUUGUCAUAUGAAAAUGAGGAAGACUUUGGUGUAAGUUUUAAAGCUGCUGAUUUUCUCAUCAUACUGGCUUCAUAUGGUCCCGAGGCAUGGACGGUGGUGAAACCGUCUAGAGAUGAAAUAUUAGAGAAAAUAGACCAAGUAAUGCACAAAUGGGAUAUUAAUAAACCUAUAGGCAGAAAAAUCAGGUGGUCAUUGCCUACAGUUUUGUCACACCUAGACAGUUACAGCACUCCAGUUGUACAAUAUUGGGCAGCUUGGCUCAUAUGUAAUUCGGUCAUUGUUUCACCUAAGCGUUCUUGUGAAAAGUUAGAAUCUCGAGAUGGAUUGGUAAAGAUUGACAGAAUGAUACAACAUGGAGGACUCCGAGAUGACAUUGUGAUUCUCCUAGAAAAGAUCAGAACAUUUACCGUGGAAUACAAAGAGCAACGAUGAGGAAAUAUACAUGCAACACAAACGGAAAAUAAAAAAAAAUGAGAGCAACAAAUGAGGAAAUAUACAAACAGUUAUGAACAGUUGAGGAAAAAUAAAAACAGAUAAAAUGGAGUACAGGGAGAGAGAAUUAGGAAAAAUACAAACAGCACAAUGAGGAAUACACAGAGUUAAGAACAAUACUGUAAAAUCUGGUAAAUAAGCGUAUACGCUUAUAAUAAUUUUAGUGACACUUUUAUGUGCCUAUUUUUGAUAUGCGCUUAUACUUAAGCCAACACUAUGCGCUUAUUUUUGAUAUGCGCUUAUAGACAAGCCAUGCGCGCCUAUUUUUGAUAUAUCAGGAAUAUUGAAAGUGCUUACCUUGGUUGAAAAAAAACGAAAAUAAAACAUGGUCAUGGA